UAUUUAAUUUGUUGUUUUUUUUUGUGAAAGAAGAGUUUUUAAUUAUUUAUAAUUAAUAAGUUAAUUUGGCGUUUAUUGUAUAUUUUGUUUUUCUUCAACAAUUAACAUAGAAUAUGAAGAUCUAAUCAUGCUGCUAAAUGAAUUACCUGAUGAUUGUUUGUUAACCAUUUUUGGAAACUUUGAUUGUCUCGAUGAUUUCAUAAAUUGUUCAAAAGUUUGUACAAGAUGGGCUUUCCUCACAUCUUAUCACCUUAACAAAGUAAAGUGUUUACUAACAAAAAAGACUACUGAUAAUUCAUCGAGUAUCCUUCGAAUCACCAAUCCAUUAGUUUUACUUGAACCAAAUUUACAUAAACUUUUACAAAAUUUACAGAUUUUAGAUAUUGCAUCGGUAAUAGGAGUUAUCGACGAUGAGAAAAUCAAAAGAAUUAUCAAUUCCAAUCAAUCAAUCAGUACAUUGAUCUAUCCAUCUCUUUAUGACGAUGGAUCAGCGGGCUAUUGUUUUGCUAAAGUUGACUCUCAAUUUACCAUGAAUAUUGAUUCUCAAGAGAUUGUGAAUCCUGAUAAUUUGAUUCAAAUCUUUUUUCGCAACUGUAUCGUAUCAUGUUUAUCAAAAUACAUGAUAAAGUACCAAAAUCUUAUAAGGAUACACAUAACUGAUAUCGAACAUUUAAUAGGCGUAAGCGAUGUUUUCUACAAUGGACCAUUGCUAGUAAAUCUCAAGAUACUGGAGUUAACUUCCGCUUCCUAUGAUGGUACAUUUAUUUACACCGGAUUUCAUUUGAUGGAUUUUUGUCCAGCAUUGGAAAGUGCUUUUUUCUAUUCUGAAACGAUUGACUAUUAUGUCAAUGAAUCGAUAAAAAAUUUCAAUCUAAGAGAUUUGGUUAUCCAAUACAUGGAAGGUGAUUAUUCACAAGAAUGGUCUUCGUUGCGAAGUCUUUUGUCCAAAUUUCCAAACUUGAAACAUCUCGCCCUCAGAGGAAAUAAUGAUAUCUCUGAUUUACACGUUGAACAAAUGGUCCAAUUGUUACCCAAAUUAAAACUACUUGACUGUCGACAAUCACCAAAUGUUACUCACAAAUCAAGUGAAUAUCUGAAAGGACUGAGUCAAGAAUCCAAUCGCUCUAUUACAAUUUAUUAUAAUUGUGACAAUCAGGAGUCUGGAGAUUGGCCUAAAAUCGACCACGAAAAGAAUCAAAUCUGUUAUGGACUUGAUUUCAUGAAACACUGUUUCUUCCGAUCAUAUUAUAACCUUCCAUUGUUAAUGGCCCCCUUUGGCGUUUAUUGUAUAUUUUGUUUUUCUUCAACAAUUAACAUAGAAUAUGAAGAUCUAAUCAUGCUGCUAAAUGAAUUACCUGAUGAUUGUUUGUUAACCAUUUUUGGAAACUUUGAUUGUCUCGAUGAUUUCAUAAAUUGUUCAAAAGUUUGUACAAGAUGGGCUUUCCUAACAUCUUAUCACCUUAACAAAGUAAAGUGUUUACUAACAAAAAAGACUACUGAUAAUUCAUCGAGUAUCCUUCGAAUCACCAAUCCAUUAGUUUUACUAGAACCAAAUUUACAUAAACUUUUACAAAAUCUUCAGAUUUUAGAUAUUGCAUCGGCAAUAGGAGUCAUCGACGAUGAGAAAAUCAAAAGAAUUAUCUAUUCCAAUCAAUCAAUAAGUACAUUGAUCUAUCCACCUUUUUUUGAAAAGAAUGGAGUAGUGGGCUGGCGUUUUGCUAAAGUUGACUCUCAAUUUACCAUGAAUAUUGAUUCUCAAGAGAUUGAUAAUCCUGAUAGUUUCUUUCAAAUCUUUUUUCGAAGUUUUCUGUUAUCGCGUUUGAAAGAAUACACGACAGAGUAUCAAAAUCUUCUAAGAAUUCACAUUACUGAUAUCGAAUUUGAUUAUAUCUUGUUCAAAAUAGAUUUAAUAGGUUUAGGUGAUGUUUUCUACAAUGGACCAUUGCUAGUAAAUCUCAAGAUACUGGAGUUAACUUCCGCUUCCUAUGAUGGUACAUUUAUUUACCCCGGAUUUCAUUUGAUGGAUUUUUGUCCAGCAUUAGAAAGUGCUUUUUUCUAUUCUGAAACGAUUGAUUAUUAUGUCAAUGAAUCGAUAAAAAACUUCAAUCUAAGAGAUUUAGUUAUCCAAUACAUGGAAGGUGAUUAUUCACAAGAAUGGUCUUCGUUGCGAAGUCUUUUGUCCAAAUUUCCAAACUUGAAACAUCUCGCUCUCAGAGGAAAUAAUGAUAUCUCCGAUUUACACGUUGAACAAAUGGUCCAAUUGUUACCCAAAUUAAAACUACUCGACUGUCGACAAUCACCAAAUGUUACUCACAAAUCAAGUGAAUAUCUGAAAGGACUGAAUAUUACAAUUUAUUAUAAUUGUGACAAUCAGGAGUCGGGAGAUUGGCCUAAAAUUGACAAUGAAAAGAAUCGCUUUUGUUAUGGACUUGAUUUUAUGAAACAUUGUUUCUUCCGAUCAUAUAAGAACCUUCCAUUGCUAAUGGCACCCUAAUUCACUAUCAACUGACUAUUCUUUUAAUCUGAAACUUUAAUUAACCUUUCAACUACAGCGAAAUAUUUGUACAGCAAUUGAACGUUCAUUAUAAUGCCGAUUAUAAGUUCAUUCCUAAACUUAUUCAAUUGGUUUCUUUACUGCUCCAAUUAUGAACUCUUGUUACUUCGGGAAUUUCUGCCAACAGAAUAUGGAAAAGCAUAGUGUAAAAUACUCAAUAUAAAAAUAAAAUAAACAACAAUAUCUGGUAUCCAAUUGGAAUUAGACAUUUGACCACCUUUAUUAUGGUGGUAAAUAACGAGAGAGAAAUAAUCAUGAAAAUUACCUUCUCCCAAUACAGAGAUAAUUGUAUUAUUCACCUAAUGUGCAUUCAUAUACAUGAAUAUAAAUAUUUACCAAUUGUUCCUUAUUAAAAGUUAGAUGAUACAAGAAAAUUGUUAUGAAAAUAA